AUUCGUGUGUUCGAGAACGGAUAAGAGAAGGUCAGGCACAAACACGCGGGGACGAAGCACACAACAAACCUGCAGAUCCCCCAUGGCAGGCUCCACCUCCCUCGUUCCCCUUCCCGUCCCCGCCCCUCCAUCUCGCCACCGCUUCCACACGUCCACGUCCGCAUCCCCCCGCCACCUGCGCCCCUCCCCUGCUACACGCCUCCGCGCUGCCCGGCGUCGGCAUCCCGACGCCGUCGUUGUCGUCCCAGAUGCCCGCCCCUGGGUCGGCGAUCUAUCGGGCGCCGCCGCGUCCUACCGGGACGGAAGUGAGGAGGACGAAGACGACGCAGAUGAAGAUGAGGACGAAGACGAGGACCGCAGCCUGGACCUACUGGCCCGGUUCCUGCACUCCGUAUUCAGGAAGGCCUCACGCCGCGCGCGCCGCGCUGCCAGGUCCGUGCUGCCGCCUUCCGUCCCCGCCGAGCUGGUGAAGUUUUCGGUCAAUGGCGUGCUUGUCCUGACGUUCUUAUGGAUCCUGAAGGGUCUUCUCGAGAUUUCAUUCCUCCAUUUCAGUAAAGCAGGCUCAUAUUUCGUGUGCGCAGGUGGUCUGCACAUUUGGAAGCAUGGUGUUUGCAAGCAUCCUUCUUGUUCGUGGUAUAUGGUCUGGGGUGACAUACAUCAGAGAAAACCGUUACAGCUAUAUUCACCGGAUCGACAACGAUGAGAACCGAUGGAGCAGAGUCCAGACUGCUGGUUAAUAUUUUGCUUUCCUUAUCUAUGAACAGACACACUCUGCGUUGACAGGCUGUAUAGUACAAAAAGAAAAGAUAUGGUCAGCAAGUGCAAACUAUGAUGAUUGCCAUUGCUAGACCUCGCGGCUAAGGCUGUCUCUAGCAGUAAGCCUCUCUCUAGCAGCGUGCGUUAUAUUAAUCUUCUAGACCCCGUGGUUAAGGCUGCCUCUAGCAGCGUUAUCUUUUUUACAUUCUCUUUUAUGCAGUUUUCUCUAAAAGAUUCAUCUCUUCUAUCCCGUUCA